AUUUAAAGUGUCCAAGUGGAGCUGAUAGAGAGACAGAGAGUGGGGAAAGUAAAAUGACGCUUCAGCAGCUGGUUCUGAUCGCCCUUCUGGGUCCUGCAUGGGCAACAGCUGGACUGCCCUGCACUCAGAUGUUUCCCUCUCAGCAGCCUCCUGCAACAGCUGACAGCGUUCGACCUUCAGACGUGGCUGCUCUGUUCUGCGUCGGACUGAACGAGGACAGAUCUGAGCUCUACACAGUCUUAUCAAAACUCCAGGAGCUUCUGACUGUGUUCAACCCCAGACUGAUCAGCCUGCUUAACGUUCCUCAGAGUCCUCAGCAUGGAACACUGAUGGAGCAAACAAACCACAUGUCCCUCUACCUAAAAACCAAUCAGGACAUGGACAUGAGUCUCGACUGGAAGCUGGUUCUUCUCUUCGUUCAGGUGGAUCAUAUUUGUGCCUGCGAGCAGCAGCAGAUCCCGUCUCUUAUGAGCCGUGUGGUUGCAGACGUAGAUGCUGCUCUGCAGCUGCUGCACUCUCAGCUUAACCGAACCAUCGUCAGCGUUGCAGUAUGGGAUGGAGAGCAGGAUGUUAUUCAGAGAAGGAAGUGUCCAUGUGGCGACACAAACAGUGAGGGAGAACUCAUACUCCAGAGGGCCUUACUGACCCACGCUCUGCAGGAGUCUUUGGACGAGCUCCUAGUCCAGAGACACUGGUAUAGCGACCGAGCUGACUUCACCGUCUCACUGCAGGACGUUGCUUUCAUCAGAGACCUGUCAUUUUACACUCAGGCAGGAAAGCCUCGUUCCGAGUCCACAAUCUCAAAGUUCACCGACAAACUGAUGGUGAAGCUGUGGACAGGCCUGUUGCAGCCCUCAUUAGAAGCACGUACAGAUGAGAACGAAGACAGGAUCAGGUUUCCGUGCCCAACAGAGGACCAACCGUUCUUGAGAACAGAGAGAAAUUCCCCUUCGUUUCACCUCAGAGAGGCUUCUCCUCUUAGCCCGGCGCUCACCGGCACAGAGCUGCCUUGUGAAGACCUCAGUUCCUCACCCUCUACUCCCACUUCAGUCCAUGAACUCAGGCCGGGGGACAUCAGAGUUAUAGCUGCUGUGGGCGAUUCUUUAACGGCGGGAAACGGAAUUGCAUCCGGCCCCAACGACAUCCUGGACGUCCUGCGUCAGUACAGAGGCUUAUCCUGGAGUAUUGGUGGAGACGAAAAUCUCACCACUGUCACCACCCUUCCCAACAUUUUGAAGCUUUUCAACCACAACCUGACGGGGUACUCGGUAGGAAUCGGCAUGCAGGACAGUCCCGAAGCGUUCCUCAACCAGGCUGUGGCUGGGGCAAAGAGCAAGGAUGUCCCGUCACAGGUCAGAGCCUUGGUGACGAGGAUGAAAAACGACCCUAGAAUCAACUUUGAAUCAGACUGGAAGAUGAUCACCGUUUUUAUUGGUGGAAACGACGUCUGUGACCACUGCACCAAUUCUCUCCUUUUCUCUGAGCUAAAUUAUGUCCAGAAUGUUCGUGAAAGCCUGGAUUAUCUUCACAAGGAGGUCCCUCGAGCUCUGGUGAAUCUCGUGGAGCCUCUUCUUGUAACGCCCCUGAGGGAAAUGCAUAUGGACAAGACCCUGAAAUGCCCAACCUGGCUGGUGGAUAUUUUGUGCCCGUGUGUCACCUUGCCAAAGUCAAAUUCUGAAGCUCUUCAGAAUGUAGAAAACAAGAACAGAGGCUAUCAGGAAGUGCUGCAUGGGCUGGUGGAGUCCGGCCGCUACGACACACGCUCAGACUUCACCGUGGUCAUUCAGCCUCUCCUCAGGGACAUUGUUGUCCCCCGCUUGCCGAAUGGUCGUCCUGAUCGCUCCUUCUUCAGCGCCGACUGUUUCCAUCUCAGCCAGCGAGCCCAAACCCUGAUGGCUCGCGCCCUUUGGAACAACUUGUUGGAACCUUUGGGCCAUAAAACCUCAAAACAGGAGUUUAAUUCCUCUAUCGAGCUGAAAUGUCCAACAAAAAAUUCACCUUUUAUUCGGACCUACAAUAACAGUAAUUACAUGUAUUCUGGGCCAUCUCCAACAUCUGGGCCAAUUUCAAACUGGGGAAGUGAUUUUUCUUGUAAGAACCUUGAUCCAUCCGACACUCAGCCCACCUCAGUUCACAAACUAAGGCCAUCAGAUAUUCAGGUGGUGGCAGCACUUGGAGACUCUAUAACGGCGGGAACUGGGGCAAAAUCAAGAAACCUGCUUGAGCUUAAUAGAGACUAUAAGGGAGUCUCGUGGAGCAUUGGAGGUGAUAAAACAUUGGAGACUGUCACAACACUACCAAACAUCUUGAGGAAGUUUAACCCCCUCCUAAAAGGCUUCUCCAAAGGUCAAGGUUCGAUACAAAAGGCCUUCAACAUGGCUGUCGCUGAAGCAAAGACCUCAGAACUUCCUGCACAAGUUCAAGCUCUCAUCAAGGCCAUGAAAGGAAACAAGGAUGUGGAUUUUGGAAAGGACUGGAAACUUGUGACGAUAUUCAUCGGUGCAAAUGAUCUUUGCACUUAUUGUUUGGACCAAAAUAACCUUUCACCCAAGAACUACAGUCACAACCUUAUGCUCAGCUUGGACACACUUUAUAAAGAGGUACCCAGGCUGCUGGUAAACGUAGUAGACGUUUUGCAGAUAGAUGUGUUAAAAACAGUCAAGAAGAACACUCUAGGAUGUUCCCUCAUGCAGAGGAUCAGCUGUCCGUGUGUUAUCAACCCAACAGAGAACUCUCCUGAGUUUGAAGAGGUCAGAAGAAUUAAUCACGAAUACCAGGCUGAGGUGGAGUAUCUGAUUUCUGGAGAUCGCUAUGAUGGAAAAGAGGACUUUGCUGUCGUUCUUCAACCCUUUUUACACAACUUUUUCAUCCCUCAUAUUGGAGUUGGUGAGGCUGACACGAGUUUCUUUUCUAUCAACUGUUUCCACUUGAGCGAGCGAGCUCACGCAGAAAUGGCCGUUUCUCUGUGGAACAACAUGCUGGAGCCUGUUGGCAGAAAGCAGGCUUACAACAACUUCACAUACGACCGCUCUAAGGUUCGCUGCCCCUCUGAGGCCAAUCCCUUCAUCUUCACGAAGACGAACAGUCUACCAGCUCCACCUACCACUGCACCAACCACACCAGUGUGGGUGCCAGUGCUUGUGGGAAUUACCAGUUUCCUAGCUGGGAUCGUCAUCUCCCAGCUCGUUUUGUCCUACUGUCGUCGUAAAAGGAACAGAAAAGGCAACGACAGGACAGUUUCGACUGAAGGCUGCAGUCUUCCUCAGAGUGUCAUCCGACUAUCUGCCUUCGUGUCAUUUAUCAGCUGGUCUGUGAGCGUCAUCAAACCACGCCCCCAGACCAGGUGGAUGCCCUCUCGUCCCGGUUGAUGGUGUCGCUGCCUCGAUUCCGGAUCUCGAUGGACCCCCCGAUCCACCAUUUCAAGUUGGUAUUUUCUGUGAUGAUUCGGCUUGGUCUGCUCGGAAAGAUGCUGGGUCCCCCAAUCCCAAAUCUGGGACUUUAAACAGGUUGGAUUGUUUUGGCCUGAUUUCGAGAACAAAAGGCUGUGCUGCCUGAUGAAUGAUGUAGCCAAUAAGGAAGCCGAGUGAUGGAAGGACACUGAACGCUCCUCAUGUUUGUUUACUCUGACCCGGGCUUUUCACCUGAUGUGUAAGCGACGCAUAACGGAUAAUGGACGUACUUUUCCUGAAGCUCAGCAGAACGUCCCUUCCCAAGCAUUUCAGACAUGAAACAGCAGCAAAAGUAUUCCAUGUAUCUGGUCCUGUGAGGUCACAAGAUCACCAGAGAAUUGCAAGAUCAUGCAUUGUUUAGCCAGUUGACGGAUAAAAGAUUCCUCUGCAAGGAGACAGACAGCAUCAUGUAAACUCGGUUUGUUUUACCUUGGCCACGGAGGUUUCACAGAUGAUAAAAUUUAUAUUUCUGAUAGCUAAGCAACUGGAAAUCUGAACGGGACUUUUAUUUUGAAAGUUGCUGGAUGUUUUACACUGCUUCCAUGUUUGACUUCCUGUCUGGCACAACUCGAUUGCGAGAUUUCCCGUCUAACCUGGGAGUGUUCCGUCUGUGGUUGUUUGGGACAUAGUGGCACACCGUGGGACCCAAACUGAUUUUUAUCUCCUCAUGUGGGGUUUUGAAAAGUUGUUCGACCGUUUUAAAUCCUGCUGUGUGAACCAGGCCUCGGUCAGCCACUAAUACCUGAAUGUAAUUGUAGUUACCUCUUCUUCCUUUAGACUUCUAAAUUCUUCUGGACAGUUCUUCUGAAGGACUUCAUCAAAGUGGCCAAGCUCAAUGAGAUCCUCCUUAACUUCUUCAGCUGGAAGAUCCUUCAUGAGUAAAAAAAAACUAAUAUGUUAAGUUUUUUGUGUGAGAACCAUAAUUAAAAACCGAAAAUGUCAAAAUAAAGUUGAAAUGCCCCCACCUCCUCUCCGAUAAUAGUGAUUUUGGGAAAUCGUCUCGACAGUGAAGCACAAAUGCUCUGCUGUGCGAGUCUGUCCGCUAGAGUCUGCAGAUCGUUAGCUCCUGUCUGUUCCAAUACACAGAUUUAUUUUUACAUAGAAUAAAAAAGUAUUUUUUGGUUUGAACAAUUAAACUGGUGAUGUUACUACCAUCCACAACAA